CUUUUAUUUUAUGUAUUGACUUAAGCAUUUUAUUAACCAGGACAUGUGACAAGACGAAAAAUAAACAAGAUGGUUUACGUGUCACAAGGUAAUGUGAUGGAAUCACAGUCACCAUGGAGACUGUCAUAUAUUCCAGAAAUGUUUUGGGGACUAAUCAACUUCAUUGUUCUGUUCUUCCACACUUUGGUGUCGCCUAGUAUUACAAAGAAGGGCAACUCUUACUCAACAGACUACCGUUCAGGACAGGGUCCCCCACCGCCACCAAGGAGAAGAAUGGGAGGAUUUAGAGGUGGCGGAGGAGGUCCUAGUGCUCCACCUAUGGGCGGAGGAGGAUGAGGCAGGUAAACACUCGGCUCUGUUGAAUCUCGCAAUGAGAAUCCAGGCCGAGUGUUAACCCCCACACACAGUUACAUAGAGUAAACACAGAUACUGAUGACCAAGAGGACAUUUCACAGACAAGAGGACUGAUGCAUUUAACAGCUUCCCACUAUCUCUCAUGAUGACACUCUGAAGCAGUGAUGGUUUAACAAAUGCCAUUACAGCAAGCAAUGUUGAUGCUCUAACAGUACUACACAUAUACACACAAACACAGCUUCAGGAAGACCUACUGCACAAAAUGGGUAAAUGUAUACUCGGACAGGAAAUACAAUCGUAAAGAACUGUAGACGGACAUGUUCAAAUCUUACUCUACUUUACUUUAUGUAAUUUGAUGUGGUGAGUGCUGAGUCUACAAAGUUGUUAGUGAGACAACAGUUUGACGAAAAUCUUUUAAACUUCUGUUGAAGUAGAGAUUUUCUGAUGGUUUGUAGCUUAUGCACUUAUAAAUUAUUUUAUUUUUUGCCAAACAGUGGUUUUGAUUAUUGAGAUUUAUUUCACUCAGGUGCCAUGGAGAGACACUAUUCAAUGUCUGAUUGGUGUAUCUCGAGAGCUGGAAUAAAAUAUGAUUUAUUAUUUUAACUUGAACUGCCUCAGUAAACAGCAUAUAUAAAUUAUAUGAAUUGGAUUCUGGCAACAGAGGACUUGAUAGAGGAUCUAGUCUAAGAGUCAGAGUUUUUUUUAGUUCUUAUUUGAUAGGAUGGGAAUUAGUUACUUUUUGACUGUUUUUCAAAUAAACAGAUAUCUGAUUUAUGUUUUAAUUUGUAAAUAAUGGAUAUUUCUGUUACCCUUUUCCUAGUUCGAAUUGUUGAAUAUAAAUGUUGGGAAAAUUUUACAGAACACAUGUAAAAUGAAAUGUACCAUCUUAUUUAGAGGUGGUGGUGAGGAAAAAGUUAAAAAAAAAAGAAAAAAAAAGAACAGUAAUUAAUGUGUUUAUGAGGAAGUUGUGAGUGAAGUUAAGGAAUGAAUGUUAAUGAAAGUGUGUUUUAAAGUUUCAUGUAUGUGUCUAAACAUGUAUUGAAGUACAUGUAUUUAUAAUAUGUAGAGUCUUAAACGUUUCAUGCAAUCUGAUUAAAACCAUACCUUGAUCUAUGCUAUUAUUCCAUUAACUACACUCCGCUUGGCAUAGCAGAGUGUAGUUAACAGAACAGGAGCACAGAUCAAGACAAGAUUUUACAGUAAGGUGUUGUUCACGAACGGAGCACAUAUGAGGGGAUGAUUUUAAUCUGAUUGUAUUUAAUUUGAUAUAUUGUCUAGGUUCAUGGAUACAGAUUACCUAGUCAAGAUCAGGUUUAUCAUGUUUUAACAUUAUCAUUGAUAUAAACUCAUCUGCAAUUCCUUCAUCGUCAUUUUAUUCUGUGUUGUUGGUAGUUUUGUGUCUUUAAUGUGAAAAAUAUUUAUUUCUGUAUUAUAUACAUUGUAAAAACCAUUACUUUAAACAAGAAUCUUUUUACAUGAUUAUUACAAUAUUCUGAUACCUCUCGGAUUAUAAUUUUAGGAUUAAUAAAUAAGGCUGAAAUGAAAACAAUGUUAAAUUCCUGGUAAAUUAAAUUGUACCAUUAUUGUCCUUUCGAACAUCUCAGUAUUGACAGACUGGUACAGAUUAUCAUGAUAAUGUCCUGAGGAGUGAAUGUGCUGGAACAACAAAGUAUAUAACAGAUAUCGAUGUUUCUUGUUACCGAAAAUAAGUCCCCAUUGACUUGCAAUAUAUGUUUGAUUUGUAAUCUAAAGGUAUAUAAGAUUCCAUUUCACCAAUUAAAGAGGUUGAACCUUUUUAAAAUA